AUGCGGCGCGACACCGGCCGGCCGGCGAGCGGGAGCGGCGACCGUCCGUCUCGCUUCUUUGUUUUGAUACUCAGCUGUUCUCGUGGCGAAAGGGAGGGCGGGGGGGGUGCACGAGUGCGAGUGAGAGGUGCACUCGGCGAGCGUCGUGCCUCCGGCGGCAGUUCGGGCGGGCUCGCUAUUUGGAGCGGGCGGCGAGGUGCCCACAGCCCACGCCCGACAUUGGGGCGCGCCGGCUCGCACGUGGAGCGUACGCAGCGC